GACCGAUUCAGGAAGUGACCAGCCCAUUUCUGCAAAUAUUAUCAAUUUCCUCUAUUUAUUCGUCAAAAGCAACGAAGUUGAUGCCGAUUUGACUCAACCAUGAGUGACGACCAUUUUGCGGCCUACCAUUCCAACCUGAGCGCCCGAAGCUCAGCGUGUAAGGUGGCACUGUUGCCAUUGAACACAAAAUACAAGGGACCUGCACCUCCUGGUGAUGGCAGCACUGAUGUGAUAGAUGAAGCACUGACUUACUUCAAGGCGAAUGUCUUCUUCAAAACUUUUGAAAUAAAGGGUGAAGCUGAUAGGACUCUGAUCUACGUUACACUCUACAUCACAGAGUGUUUGAAGAAAUUACAAAAGUGUAACAACCGAAAUGAUGGCAAUAAGGAGAUGUAUUCAUUAGCAAUCUCUAGAUUUGCUCUCCCUGGCGAGGCUGGCUUUCCUCUCAAUGCUUUAUACGGCCGACCUGCUGACAGAAAUGAGGAAGAAACAAUGAGGACGUACCUGCUUCAACUCCGACAAGAAACUGGCGAGCGCGUACUUGACAAGGUGUUUGAAAAACCUAAUGAAAAACCAAGCAAGUGGUGGAUGUGCUUUGUAAAAAGGAAAUUUAUGGACAAGAGUUUAUCAGCACCAGGACAGUAAGAAGGACUUGGUUCAGAACAAUAUUCGCUCGUUUCACAAGCUACAAACUGAAGAAAUAUAGAGGACUUGUCACAAAAAUAUUGGAGUACAUCGAAAGAAAUGUUGAUCAGUGAAUGCAACAAAUUGUGCUCUCUUUGUCCUGCUCUGAAGAACUGCUUGCAAUGUGACUUGAGAUCAUGUAAGGUCUGUAGUGAUACCCUGAACUUGCUAUCUGUAACAGUUGUGUGAGAGGACAUGCAUUGUGUGCGUACACAGUGGGUAAAAGUGUCCGUUUACCUUCACAAAAGAAACACGGUCCCUUCCUUCAAUUCUAGUUCUAGUGCUUUUGGGGUAUAGUACUUUUGUCUACUUGUGUUGUGUCCUCAUUUCCUCUUGAGGUGAGCACAUACUUUUUGAAGGUUAACUGAUACUUUUAUCCAAAAGACUGUGAGGCAUCAAUCUCUCAUCACGUAUCUGUUUGCUGUCCUACCUAUAUUUCUAUUUGGAGGCCUUGAGUUUAGGAGGUCAGGCUGGCUUGGCAUUGGUGCUAUAAAUAGACAUGUUCUGAUAUGUGGUAGAGGUUUGUAGCUUUGUGAAAUGGGACGUCUUUGAAAUUACGAUCUAGAGGCAUUCCAAAUCAGCCAGUUGAAACUUUAAUUUUUGAUGAAUGAGUUGGCCUUACUUUUAUCUCCUGUAUACCUAGCAGUUCGUACAACUGACCUAAAAGGAAAUACCCAUGGCUAGCAUGUUGAUACUUAAUGCUUUUGAACAUUGUGCUAACUUGCUUUGAUCAUUGAGGUUUCCUUGGUUCGGACAGAUUAGCCCAGACAACUAAUUCAGGUUCACUUCGAGUUGAUAUAAUUACACAACAUGUAUGUUACAAGAAUCACACAUAAUUUACACAUCUGGAUCAUUUCAUUGAAAAUGCUAUGAUCUCUAGAUUGAUUCAGACAGAGCAUUUUGAUUGCAAUGAUUCCGAGUACAUCUGAAUUCUCUUCUAAAGUAUUGUAAGAGUACAUGUAUCUGUAUCUGCCAGUUUAUGUGGGCAGACAGUUUUUAUUAAAAACAAAUCUAUAACACCA